AUGAGUUUUGCCACUGGGGAUUUGGGUCCUCUCAGUUACUUCCUUGGUCUUGAAGCAACCACCACCUUUGGCGACCUUUUCAUCAGCAAGUUGAAAUAUGCACGGGAUAUUCUCACACGAGCUCAACUACUUAACAACAAACCUAUUCACACCCCUCUGGUUGUUUCACAACACCUGUCUGCCGAUGGUCCUUUGUUCUCGGAUCCUACACUUUACAGAUCUCUUAUUGGUACUCUCCAGUAUCUAACUAUCACCCGUCCGGAUAUUUCUCAUGUUGUCAACUCUGUUAGUCAAUUUCUCCACUCUCCAACUGAAGACCACUUUCUUGAUGUCAAACACAUUCUUCGCUAUGUUAAAGGCACGCUACACUUUGGCCUCACCUUUCAUCCCUCUGCUGCUCCUAGUGAUUUAGUUGCUUACUCAGAAAUAGACUGGGCAGUUACCUCUAAUUAUUCUAUUUAUCUUGGCGGUAACUUGGUUUCUUGGAGUGUUAAGAAGCAACCUAUUGUUUCUCGCUCCAGUUGUGAAUCUGAGUAUCGUCCUUUGGCGCUUACUGUUGCUGAACUUCUUUGA